UUUUCAUCCAAUCACAGCGAAUCUCUCCCUGGCGGCCGUCCAAUAGGCUGUAGUUCUCGCGGUGACGUAUAGCGGCUCGAGCCCCAGCACUUCCUUUCUCUGGUUGGCAGGCAUCGAGGCAACAUGAAGGCGUCGGGCACUGUAAGGAUCUCGGGGGGAAACGGGGCCGGUGGGGCCCCAGCUGCACCAUCCGGCUCCCAGAGUUAGGGCCACAGCCUACUCCAACGGUCCCCGAGGCCGAGGGCUGAUUAAAGGCGGUCUGGGCCCGCGGAAUAUCAGGCUGGCCGCCUGCGGCCUCCAACAUGGCGGCUCCGGCUCAGCCAUGCGGCCCCCGGCUGGGGAUAAGGAUAAGGGGGCCGGUAACCAGGACUGGGAAACUAGGGGGGGGCAGCCGGGGAACUAGGGGGGAAGCUGGGGAGCUAAAUACCAGGGCUGGGGAUAGGAGAGCUAAAUGCCAGGACUGGGAGCUGGCAGCCAGGGACAGGGGAACUAAAUGCUGGGGUUAGGGGUGCUGGCUGCAAGAGUUCCUGGGGGGAUUAAUAAAGCAAUGCUCGUUUUAUAGAGGGUCUGUCCAGGGGCCACAGGGAUAGCUGGGUCUAUGUAAGGGCCCUGGGAUGUCCUGCCAGUCUGCCUUUUUUUUUUUUUUUUACCGAUAUAUACUGUUGCAUAUCCUUUGUAUGUUUAAGUUGGGUUAUACAGUACUUUGGGUUUUCAAUUAGAAGAAUUCUAUAUUUUUAUUUUUUUUAGUGUUAACCUCAGGACUACACAGGGCAAAUGAAAGGAACCCUGUACUACAUUUGCAACUGUGCUGUUACAGCAAUCCUGUCUCGUGUUUGCAUAUUGAGCUCUUAAUUAAAACUAGUGCCAUAGUGUAAGACUCACUUUUAAUCAGGUAUUGGUCUAGCAGCAUCUGUUAAAGCACUAGCAGGGUUAUAUAAGUAAACUCAGACAACAAAGUCAACUUAAUUUUAAGGCAGAAGUAGCCCACAUGGAAGCAUAACUGAUCUAUUUUCCCAGUUUGGCUAUUUUUAAGCUAUAGAUUUGAAAUUCAGCUUUCACUUUAGUGAAUACUCCCAUAGAAAUAAUUUAAAGUAGUUUGUUAAAAGUGAUUUUGUUGUUUGAAAUGUAUACAUAAUGAUAUGGCUAUUUAAAGUGUCAGCAAAUAUAUUAACACUUAGGUCCACCAAUAUUUCAGCUGUACCAAAAUGAAACUUUAAUGGCUAGAAAUAGUUGUCAUUUCGUCUUUAUUAUACUACUUUAAUUUCGCUGCAUUUGGAGUGUGAAAAAAUAAAGCACUGUAGACUAGUCCUGUUACGAGAACUGUUUUGUUGAGCUCUAUUACAGUGAAGUUUAUUUUAGGCCAUCACUCUACAAUUUAAGAGCCUGUUAAAUCACUCCUAGUUUGUAAGCUAGCGUCCACUAUGUUAAUAUUUGCUUUCAUCUGCUUAUUUUUAAAAUAUACUAUAGCAUUAUGCACACAAAACCCAAAGUUCAUCAUGUCUCCAAAUGAUGAUCUUGUCUGUUGUGCAAAAAGUAAAGGUACCUUGUCGCCUUUCUUGAGCUGAUGUGCUCAUGGAAGUGAAACAGAAGGAGCCACAUUAAAUGUAUACAAUCUGGCAGGGUUAUAAAAUACAUUGAAAAUGUUUGUGUUCAUUGUGAAUCUAAAUUUAAUGGAUAUGUUGACUUAUGCAACUACUUUUAAAAUUUCAGCUGAGGGAGUAUAAAGUUAUUGGGCGCAGCCUGCCAACUGCAAAGGUUCCAUCACCACCUCUGUAUCGUAUGCGGAUUUUCGCUCCUAAUCAUGUGGUUGCAAAGUCUCGUUUCUGGUACUUUGUAUCUCAACUUAAGAAGAUGAAGAAGGCAUCAGGAGAGAUUGUUUAUUGUGGCCAGGUAAGUGCACCCAACCUUAAUAAUAUACAAUGUUCCAUUAGAGAUGGCUACCAGAAAUUAAACCUAAUGGCUGCACAUGCUGCAGCUCUUGCUGUUCGGUGUAGUGCUCAUAAUGUGGUCACAGCCAGCUUGGGCUUCGAUUUUUCUUUUUACAUAUAUUUUUGCAUAAACAUUUAAAAUUAUAUUUAUUGAAAUAUUAAUCUUUUUAAAAAUAUUAACUGAUUUAAGGAGUAGACUGGAUGGGAUGCAGACACUAAGGGACCUAGGAGAGAUGCCAAAACAGUUUGACUACUUACUGUGCUUAGGGGAUUCUUCUAAGGCUUGGAUCAACAAAUUUGCACACAUAACCCAAAGUUCAUUAUUUGCCUGUGUAAUGAUCUUGUCUGAUGUGCAUACAUUAUCAGUAUCUUGUCGCCUUUCAAGAGCUCACAUGCUUUUGAAAGUGAAUAUGAAGAUACUACACAUAACUUUGUGGACUAGGUGAGGGAAUAACCUGAAUGGACAGAAGAUUAAAUGAGAAGAACGUGCACAUGGUUAUUCAAUAAAAUCGGAACUGAUGAAGAAAUUGGCAGUUACUGAAGCCAGAUGCUGAUCAUAUUGCGCAUUCAUUGGCAAAGGGCUUCAACUGAGCCCUCCAGCCAGUGAAUGGGUCCCUGUGCACAUGAUUGGCAUUAGCCAGCCCACAACUCUUGUUCCAGGCUGGUUAAUGAUGCUGCCGGAGGUGGAAUGACACCUCUGGCAGGUGAAUUAAAUCACUUGUGCAACAUUUCAAACUGAAACCCUGCACAUGCAGACUCCUAGCACCAUGCCCACUUGGUGCUUGGAGUAACCUUUAAUGCUAAAAUAGCCCACUUGGAGAAAUUUAGCAUUUUGACAUGGUUUUAAAUAUUGUGGCCACUUCACUUGUGAUUGGCAGUGGAACAAGAUGUGGAGGGGAUUUUUAGUGGUUGUGUUUUUUUUGUUUUGUUUAGAGUUCAGUAAAUUGAUGGUGAUAGAGGGUUUUUGUUUCCAUCAACAAAUUCCUGUAUGUGGUGCUUGGUUUAUUAAUUGCUGUGCCUAACCAUGCUCCCUCUUGCAGGUGUAUGAGAAAACUCCACUGAAGGUGAAAAACUUCGGAAUCUGGCUGCGUUAUGACUCUCGAAGUGGAACACACAACAUGUACAGGGAAUACAGAGACCUGACCACAGCUGCUGCUGUAACUCAGUGCUGUAAGUAACACCUUGUAUAAGGGCUCUCAGGAAGCAAUUUAAAAUUCCAGCUUGCAUUGUGACUUUACACUUUUUUUUUUUUUUUUCAGACCGUGAUAUGGGUGCUCGCCAUCGUGCUCGUGCCCAUGCCAUCCAGAUCAUGAAGGUUGAGGUGAUCCCUGCAAACAAAUGUCGUAGACCUGCCAUUAAGCAGUUCCAUGUAAGUGUAAUAUUCAUUUAAAAACGUAGAUAUGAAGUGGACAUUCAAAGAAUUAUUUAAAGAGAAAUAGAAAAUUGUUUUGUAAUUGUAUAUCAUGUUAGUCUUUAAGUCUUCAGUGAAUUAGGUUUAAAUAGGGGGUGGGAGGAUAAAACAUACAUUGUGAAACAUUAAUUAUUUUUUUCCCUUCAAUUUAGGACUCAAAGAUCAAGUUCCCUCUGCCACACAGAGUUCUGCGUCGCCAGCACAAGCCCCGAUUCACCACCAAGAGACCAAACACCUUCUUCUAAACAAGGCAGAAAUAAAAAUUCUCUUGUUCUUUCGGCUAAUAAAAUUGUUUCAAAAUUUGUUUGUAUUUCUGUAUCAUUAUACUAAAUUCAUUUAUACAAAAUAGUGCUUAUAGGAGAACCAGUUGUCUAGCUACAAAUCUAGCAGGG